GACAAUGCCGCCGUCACCGCCGGUGACAGUUAUUCACUUACCGAUCGCUGCCGGCGGUGACACUGUGGGCCCACCCCAAAACUAAUAAAACAGAAAAACCAAGAAAUUGGGACCACCAGAAAAAAAUAAAAAAUAAAAUUGAGGAAAAGAAACAAGAAGAAAACAGAACACACAGUUUGUGGGAGUGGUCUGUGGUGUCCCUGGCGUAAGGGUUAGAGAGAGAGAGAAAAAAAAAAAAAAAAAGAAAAAAAGAAAAAAAAAUAAAGGUUGGAGAGAGAAAAUCUAGAGAAAGCUGUCUCCUCCUUCAGAGAAGAUGGUCGAAGAGAGGUUUCUCCUCUGAGAUCAUCCUGAAAAGGGCAGCCAAGAAAAACCAGAACCCUAAUUUUUAUUAUUAUUUUUUCCUUGCUGCCUUUUUGAGUUUUAACAAUCCCUCCUAACUGUCAUUUUCUUCAAGAUUUGUUUUUAAAUAUAAUUUCCCGAGAAAAUUAUACAUAUCACCAUCAACACAACAACAACGUAUAUUAUAUCAUUGACUGCUCUCUUGCCUCUUCUUUCUGCUCUGGUUGAACAUUGGAGAUAAUUUCUUGAGCUAGGUUAUGCAAUUGAGGGAGUUAUUAUAACCUAAAACAAAAAAAUUAGAAAGAUGAGGGACCCCAAUUUGCUCAUUGGUUACAAGAGGCUGAUGAAUUUUCGUUUCUUUGUACUAUAGUUUUUGCCUUGGUAGUGAAUUGUGUGUCAAUAUAUACAUAUUAUUAUUAUUAUUAUUAUUGCUCUUGUAAUUUUACAAUCUGUUAAGCGUCUGAGAAAUCUCAGAAGGGGGUGUUUGGCAAAAAUAAAUAUAAAUAUAAAAACCUGGCGAUUCUGAAUAGAGUCCUGGCUGUCUGCGGCCCAAGCACUGCGACUUAGGAUUUCUCGAGCAAUGAGGGAUAGAUGGAACACCUACGGAGUCCAGUUGUUACAUUUUAUGCUAUUGAUUCUUGUUCUGGAAAUUCAAGGAUGUUGGUCUCUUAAUUCUGAAGGACUGACACUGUUGGAAUUCCGGGCAAAAGUGGAUUGUGAUCCGUAUAGUGUUUUCGCAAAUUGGAAUCCUAAUGAUAGUGACCCAUGCAAGUGGUCAGGUGUUUAUUGUGUCGAUGGCAAAGUACAAAUGCUGGAUCUCAAAGGGUAUCAUUUGGAAGGGGUACUAGCCCCUGAGCUUGGGACGCUCACUCACCUAAGAUCUCUUGUACUUUACAAAAACCGGUUUUCUGGUGGCAUUCCUAAAGAGAUCAGAAGGCUUACAAUGUUGGAGGUAUUGGACUUGAGGGAUAACAUCUUAAGUGGAACUAUUCCAGCAGAAAUAGGGGGACUGCAGUCACUAAGGCGCUUGUUACUUUGUAACAACAACUUUGAAGGCAGCAUUCCUCAGGAGCUUGCAAAGCUCAAUUUCCUUUCCGAAUUGCAAUUUGACGAAAACCUUACAUUUGCUGUGGAUGCUGGGAUCGGCUGUGUAAAUAGAAAAUUUGGACACUGCAUCUGGCAGAGUAGUUUGAAACAACUGAAGAAAGCAGAUUCCUUCCUAAUCCCGAUUAAAGAUGCACUUAUUAAUUACCUCAAUGUGUUUCCAUUGUUCAAGUUUGGAAAGCGCUCCUCCUUGCACAGUGAUGCAUAUAAUUGCUAUGAUAAUUUAUAUAUAGAUCCGCCCGAAGCACACAUAGUCCAAAAUGUACAGAACCUAGUUAAUAUGGUAAGGCGUAGACUGCUUCAACAGUCCAGUAACCUCGCUGCUGCCCCCGCUAGUGGCGGUCCUCCACCACCACCUGAACAGACAAUUUCUCUUCCAACUACCCGAAGUAGUGGGUCCUUCCCUGCUGUGCCAAAAGGAAAGAAGGGACAACUUCCUCCAGCAACAACAUCAAACUCUGAUGGCCAGUCUACUGAUUCUGUUGAAAAUACUGAUUCUAUUGAAAAUACAGAUUCUAAACAGCCUACAGCUGCUGGAAAUUCUUGGAAAUAUAUAGUCGUGAUUUUAGUUGUGCUUCUCUUGCUAGUUGUCGCUGCAGUAAUGGUCUUAAUGUGUCGAAAACGGGCAGUGUCAACUAUAGGUCCUUGGAAGACUGGACUGAGUGGACAGUUGCAGAAAGCAUUUGUUACAGGGGUUCCAAAACUGAACCGAGCAGAGCUAGAAACAGCCUGUGAGGAUUUCAGCAACAUUACCGAAACUCGUCAUGCCUGCACUGUAUACAAGGGGACACUAUCAAGUGGAGUUGAGAUUGCAGUUCUAUCAACCAGAACAACUUCUAUUAAAGACUGGUCAAAGAGUUCAGAAAUGACAUACCGUAGAAAGAUCGAUACACUGUCACGAGUAAACCACAAGAACUUUGUUAAUCUUAUUGGCUACUGUGAGGAGGAAGAACCUUUUGCUAGAAUGAUGGUGUUCGAGUAUGCUCCAAAUGGAACCCUUUUUGAGCAUCUACACGUGAAAGAAGUUGAACAUCUGGACUGGAAUGCGAGGGUGAGAAUAAUCAUGGGUACAGCUUACUGUCUUCAAUACAUGCAUGACCUGAAUCCUCCCGUGGCACAUACAAACCUGACUUCAAAUUCCAUCUACCUGACGGACGACUAUGCUGCUAAAAUUGCAGAGAUCUGUUUUGCAAAACAAGAUGCACCAAAAUCAAGGAUCUCAGGAGAAAUUGAAUCGGAGCAUUCUGAACUGCCAUCACAUGCUGAUCCAGAAACAAAUAUCUAUAGUUUUGGAAUAUUGUUGCUCGAAAUCAUUUCUGGGAAGCUCCCCAACUCAGAAGAACAAGGUCCUCUUGAGAACUGGGCCGCUGAAUACCUGAAUGACACGCGGAGCAUCAGCUACAUGAUUGAUCCUACCUUGAAGUCCUUCAAAAACAACGAGCUUGACGUAAUAUGCGAGGUAAUCCAAGAUUGCAUUCAACAGGAUGCAAGAAAGAGACCAACUAUGAAGGAAGUCACUUCCAAACUUAGGGAAGUAAUUGCUGUGUCACCUGAUGCGGCGACACCAAGACUUUCUCCCCUUUGGUGGGCUGAACUUGAGAUCCUAUCUGCAGAGGCAACUUAAGUUACUGUGUUUUCUAUGUUAAUGUCAGUCGAGUGACUCUCCCUUUGUAUCAAUAUUUCGUGUUUAACUCUAUAUUUUGUCUCUCUCUCUCUUUCUCUUCAUGUUGUUGGGAUGAUUCAUUCUAUUUAAUUCUUUCCCCUAUUGUUUCCUCACUUCCUACCAUAAAAUACGUGUGGCGCCUUGCCCGCGCCCACAUUUUAUACCCCAUACAUGUAAUUUUGUGAUCAAAGCUUGGUAUGUAAAAUUAAGAUUCAAGUCCUGCAGUGAAUAUCUCGAUAUUGAACAUUAUUUUUUUAAUAUAGAUCGUUGUAAAAUGUAGACCCUUGUAUAUGUUUUGAUAUAAUUCAGACUGUUGUUUGUGCUCGAAA